ACCUAAUAUCUUCACAAAAAGAAAAUGAGAAACAGCCUGCGGGCUUAUAAAUUGAAAAGCUAAUACUGUGAUUCUGGCAAAUGGCUUGUAAGUUAGAAAUGACGUAGAAUAUAGUGGUGACGAUGUGUUAGAGUAUUAUGGGAGCCGCAUGGAGUCGCGUGCGCAGAUGAGUCACACACUGCCGACCAAGCAUCGCCCUGAGGCAACUUACAGGAGUUGCUCGCAGUCUCUGCCGCUCGAUAUUCUAUGGUUGCCGCGGUCGUCGUUCCGGCCGGCGGAGGGCGAGCUGGCAGACUGUGUGCUGGUGGUGGGCGUGUCGCGGCCCAAGCUCGCGGCCGCCCUGCUGUCCGUCACGCUGCUGUCGCUGUUCCUCACCUUCCACGUGCUCUAUGACAGCGCGCUUUACAGCAUACAGGCGGCGAGCAUGGCAUCAGCCGCCAGCGAAGGGCGUAAGAUCCUGCAGAGCCAAGAGAGCAACACCAGAACUAUCAACCACCCGAUGGCACUGCGCAAGCGGUUACGACCUCCCAGGCAACCUAGACCGGCACGCAGACUCCCACAGGCUCUUAUAAUAGGCGUCAGAAAAUGCGGCACCCGAGCGCUACUAGAGAUGCUGUACCUACAUCCGAUGGUACAAAAAGCAUCUGGUGAAGUCCACUUCUUCGAUCGAGAUGAGAACUACGCACUAGGCUUGGAGUGGUACCGGAGUAAAAUGCCAUUGUCAUUCAAAGGGCAGAUCACGAUAGAGAAGAGCCCCAGUUACUUUGUUACUCCGGAGGUACCAGAACGCGUCAGAGCCAUGAACUCCUCAGUGCGUCUCCUACUCAUAGUCCGGGAGCCAGUGACGCGCGCGAUAUCCGACUACACGCAACUGCGCAGCCGCGCCACACCGUCGGCGCCCGCGCAUCCUCAGAUCGCUGCCCACCCGGUACCUGACGCCGCCAAGCCUUUCGAACAUCUGGCUAUCUCACCUGAUGGAUCGAUUAAUAUCGCUUACAGGCCAAUAGCUAUUUCGCUGUACCACGCGUACCUCCACCGGUGGCUGGAAGUGUUUCCUCGAGAACAAAUCCUUGUGGUCAACGGAGACCUGCUCAUUGAAGACCCGGUGCCGCAGCUCAGGCGCAUUGAGAAGUUCCUAGGACUUGAGCAUAAGAUUGGAAGAAAGAAUUUCUACUUCAACGAAACCAAAGGCUUUUAUUGCCUAAGAAACGACACCACAGACAAAUGCCUUCGGGAAACGAAAGGUCGUAAGCACCCUCGCGUCGAUCCUGCUGUCGUCACCAAGCUUAGGAAGUUCUUCAUCCAGCAUAACCAGAGGUUUUACGACCUCAUUGGUGAAGACCUGGGCUGGCCAGAAGAUUAAGAAGAGAGUUAGAAUAAGGGUCAUCACCCCUAUGUGAUGACCACACUACUUUGUUGUGAUCAACAUAUCAAAUACAUAUCAUGAUACAUAUCACUAGUCAGUAAAUUUUUUAAAGUCGUUUAUGUAUACAUAAUAGCGUAACAUAGAAUAAGAAACCCGAAGAGAUAAUUUAUUUAUAUCUAGCAAUUUUUAUUAUAUUAGACAUUUUACAUUUUAAUCUAGGCAAUUUAUUUAAUUGAUUUUGUUUCGGUCGUUCGUAAUUCUAAUAUAAGUUUGAAUGAAAGGAACGUCUAAAGAAAGGGAACAACUUGAAAUUAUGGUUAUGUGGUGUUUAAUUUACAUCUUUCGGUAUUUAACCUCGGGACACGCUAAUUUCAUGCACAAUAAUUACUUUUCUUUUAUAAUACAGGAAUAACUUGAAUAAACUCUCGCUUACAAACUCCGAACAUACAAAUAUAUUUAAUAUCAUUAAUCUAAAUUUUAUAAAAUCAGUAGAGCAUCUUAAAAAAAUAUUCGCCGAGUCCUAAGGUUAGAUCUUCUAAGAUUUUAAAAUCAUUAUUAUUUCAUAAACAAAUUCUGAAUAGAUUUUCCACAGGCAUCUUUAAAGCACUGAUUUGAUAGACCGACCCACUGAAACCCUGAGCAAUAUAUUUUUAUAUAUAAUUAAGUAUUGUAUUAAUUAUACAGCGUUUAUUAUACAGAAUGUGAAUUUUUUAAUAUUUGUGAUAAUUUCAUUUGUUAGAAUUAAUGAAUUUUAUAUAGGUGUAAGUAUGAACUAAAUGUAACUGAACUAUAUAAUAUUACGUUCAAAGUGAAUGAGUGUUGUACAUUUUCGCUUAAUACUUUAGGUGUCGUAUUUUGGUCGUGCGUUGUCCUAAAUGUGUUUCAUUUAUUAGUGAAUGUGAUUUUUCCAAAUCUUAGAUACUUAAUCUAUUCAAAUAAAUAAACUUCAGCAAAGAAAUUUAAUCGUAGUCGAAAUAUUAAAGUGUUUUGUGUACACUGGUAUACAUGGUGUAUAAAAUACGAUCAAAAUAUUCUACAGCAUUGUGUGUGUAUAGCUUGUAGUGGUCAUGAUCUUUGGUGUAUUUUCAUUUACGCCAUAGAAUUAAACGCAGACUCUAAUUUAUUUACAAGUUUUGGAGAGAUAUAAAUUCGACGCGGGUUUUAGAAGUAUUCUAUUUAAGUGUAACGUCCAAGACUGAAGAGUUAGUUGAAUAAGUCUAAGUAAUACCUAUUUAGCAUAAAAUGUCCAUAGGUAAUACGCGAGACGGCGAGCCCUGAACACAGCUUUUUAAAGCUUUGAGUAUCUUGUAAUAUAUGAAACACCAGCACCCCAAUUAAGUUAAUACGGAUAUCCAACUGACACGCCUGCCCCGAGGGAUUUAACACACAUUGCUGGGUAUGUAGGUACGUUUAUCUUAUUGAAGUUGCAACUACGCAUGUAUUAAAUACCCGAAAUUAUAGGUAUCGCAAUUGAAAUGGAAAGGUAUUGAGUUACACAAUAACGGGGCAGGUUUAUGUCUGAAAUGAUACCAGAUUCAACUAAUUAUGUCCACAUUAUAGGAGUAAUAUUGUCCUAUUUGUGAAAUUUAUUCGGUGAUUAUAGGCAAUUUAAAAUGAAAAUUAUCUUUAUUAUACAAACCCUUUACAACUUGAAAGUCGAUCUA